AACUAACAUACCGGCUGGCCGAUCGCUCCAUCAAACACGGCGCUUAGUUACGCCCGUAGUUUGUUUUAGUUUAUCUGUACAACCUUCGUAUUUUAUACUAAAGUCUAUUUCGAAAGCAAAACGAUGGCUUCACUUUUCAAGAAGAAAACCGUCGACGACGUCAUCAAGGAACAGUCGAGGGAGUUACGCGGCACCCAGCGACAGAUCACAAGAGACAGAUUGGCCCUGGAGAGGCAAGAGAAGCAAUUGGAAGCGGAGAUCAAGAAAAUGGCCAAGAGUGGUAACCGGGAGGCGUGUAAGAUCCUUGCCAAGCAGUUGGUGCAGCUGAGGAAGCAGAAGAACCGCACGUACGCCGUCAGCUCCAAAGUUACCUCCAUGAACACUCAGACCAAGCUCAUGAACUCCCAAAUGAAGAUGGCUGGCGCCAUGUCUUCCACAGCAAAGACAAUGCAAGCAGUGAACAAAAAGAUGGAUCCGCAGAAGACGAUGAAAACCAUGCAGGAUUUCCAGAAGGAAAACAUGAAGAUGGGCAUGACAGAGGAGAUGAUAAACGAUACCUUGGAUGACUUCUUGGAUGAAUCUGGAGAUGAAGAGGAAUCCCAGGACAUUGUCAACCAAGUUCUGGAUGAAAUUGGUAUCGAGAUCUCUGGAAAGAUGAUCAAAGCUCCGGCUGCAGGAAAGAACGUCCCCGGCGCCGCCGCCGCCUCGUCCAAAAAAGUCGGCAUAUCUGACGAUGAAAUCGAAAGGCAGCUCCGCUCCCUCGGCGUGGACUAACGUCUUCCGAUGCAUCCGCCGUUCUCUUUUCAUAUGGCGACCAGGUUAAAUGGUCACACACACACACACGCACACACACUCAGGGUCAAUGACAUCCAUUGACAAACAUAUGACUGUCUUGUCGAUUGGCCAUGUUCUACUCAAAUAUUUAUUAUGAAAUUAGUGAGGCGAGAGCUGAGCGGUGGCCGAACGGUGCAUCCUCGACUCGGAAAAACCCGGAGGCUCACCUGCACUCUUGUUUACGUUGCCACUCGUUCUCUUCAGAAGGGCUCUCAUGCAUAUGCAAAUCAUCUUCUACCUUUGCCGAAACUCGCCUCUGUACUGGAUCACGAAACGCAUUCUUCUUAGCUUCUAACAAGUUUUAUUUUGGGUGUUAAAUCUACAUAAUCAAUGAGCGAAGCCUCAUAAGUUGAAACCUCAGCUUCACGUCUAAGUAAUAGGAGAUUCAACUGUGUACAGAUUUUUUUUUUCCACUUCUGACUACUGUUACAAGCCAAUUCAUAUCAAUGUUAGUCGUUCCAUUCUGAGUAAGUAGUCGACGGGUUCUGGGUGGGUGGGUUCUUGGUUAGUCUUUAUCUUGUAUAAAUCAAGGGAGUUGCCCAGUGAUUGCAGGAUGGCACCUGUCCUUGCAGUCCCUCUUCUCUUUCAGCUGCUGUGCAGUUAUGGAUGUGUUUUUUUUUUGUUUUCGUUUGUUUUUCUUGACAAGCUGCCUCUUGUCCCAUACGCACACGCAAACACUGCAAAGAGAUUGUCACUGUGAUGCACACACACUGUGUGUGUGCGCGCGUGCGUUCGUGCGUGUUUCUUUUAAUUACUGGACUGUGUAAAUGGGAUUUUAUAAAUAAUAAAAAAAUCUUCUGGUACAAGUU